UCUGGCUCAUUGUUCUAUCUGUGACGGAACCAUCAAGUGACUGCGCAAAGACUACGCCCGUGAACUUUGAGCAACGUUAGCAGCUAGCGUUAUUCUUGACCACUGAAACAGCCAUUUCUGAAAAAGUGAGACCUGACCCCCCUCAUGGCAUCAUCUGAGGUCAAUGUUAAUGUGGAGGAGGUGGUAGUCGUGACAACGCCGGAUGGAGCAGGGGAGGGCUCGGCUGCAGAGGAGGUGAAGACUGUGCUGGUGGCUACAGAGCUGACCCAGGCAGGGGAGGAACUUACAGAUGGAAGCGUGGAGUCAGAAACCGACGCCACCAGCACUGUGACAAAGGAGGCAGUCCUAGUGAAGCUGUCAGAGGAGAUGGAUGUGGAAGCUGACGUGGUCUACCCAAUCACCUGUGGGGACGUGAAGGGCACCCUGGUCUGGAAGAAGUUUGUUUGCCCAGGCAUCAACAUCAAAUGUGUCCAAACAGAUGUCAUCAGGGUCAUAUCUGUGUUCCAGUUCAAUGAGCAUCUCAUCAGUCCCAAGGAAUUUGUCUAUCUGGCUGGUAAAUCUACACUGAAGGACUGGAAGAGAGCCAUCCGUGUGAACGGCACUAUGAUCAGGAAAAUCAUGGACUCAGGCGAGCUGGAUUUCUACCAGCACUCCAAGGUGUGCUCCAACACCUGCCGCAGUACCAAAAUUGACCUGGUGGGGACCAGAGUGUCACUCAGCAGCCAGCAGUCAACUGACUACGUCACUGUCACCCCUUCCUUAGCUGACGUGAACGGAUCACCGGCCACGUUUCCAACAGAGGCAUCAUCAGACGACACCACGGAAUGGGUCACGGCCAUAGGAGAGGAUUCUGUGACCUUCUGGAGGGGUCUGAAGGAGGCUGGGCUGCUGGAGGAUGUGGUGGAGGACUUCCAGAAGGAGAUCCAGGACGUACUAAAGGGCAUGCAGGAGCGCAUCACCGAGCCUCCCCUGCAGGUCAACGACGCUGUGCUGCUGAACAAUAUAGUGCAGAACUUCGGCAUGCUCGACCUGGUUAAGAAGGUGCUAGCCAGUCACAAGAGCCAGAUGGACCGCUAUAGGGAGCAGUAUUCACGCAGUCUUGUCGCUCUGGAGCAGCAGUGUGACGAGCACAGGAAACGUGCCAAGGAGCUAAAGAGCAAAUCCCAACACCUCAACAACGUCCUCAUGACCCUAACUCCCGUGGCCACGCCGCCCACGCCCAAACGCCCACGCCUCACCCGUGCUGUCUCGGGCCCUGCCGUUAUGUCCAGUGCCCCCACCCAGAUCACCCUGCCCCUCACCCAACUGACGGGCCUGCCUGCUGGGUGUAAAGUGCUCUCGGUGGGGGGAGCCCCAGCCAGUGCCGGCCAACAGACCUACACGGUGCUGACGUCCCCCACGGGCGAGCUGGGGCCAGAUGCCUCCAAUCUGACGGUACUCUCCUCGGCCGCCGCCGUUCAGGAGGGAGCCACCGCCACCACAGCCUUCGUCAAGAUGGUCAGCCCAGGCUACCAGCUGAUCACGCUGCCCGCCGCGCUGAGCGCCCAGCUACAGGGCCUGGCUGGGGGCACGGCCCAGGGCACCACUACCAUGGUGGCAGUGCCCGUGGGUAACAACGCACUGCAGGGCACGGCGGCAGUGGUAACAGCGUUGGGGAGACAGGUGGAAGUUAAUGUGCAGGAGGGGGUGGCACCUGAGACUGAGGAGCAGGAGGCAAAGGAGACGGUGGAGAGUUAGAGAGAUGUACUCCUCUUAUAGUGUUAAAUACACGGCAGGGACUGAGGCCCCGUUUGUCCUCACUGGUUUGGAGUGCAAGUACUGGAACCAGUGCGUAGGUCUAGUGGUGUUGAACUAUGAAGGACCCAUAUCAGUAAAGAUUACUUAAAAAAUG